GCCAUGGGGGCGCCCCCGGGCUACCGGCCCUCGGCUUGGGUUCACCUCCUGCACCAGCUGCCCCGCGCCGACUUCCAGCUCCGCCCGGUGCCUAGCGGUUUUGCGCCCCGAGAGCAGGAAUACCAGCAGGCCCUGUUGCUGCUGGCGGCCUUGGCGGGCCUGGGCCUGGGUCUGAGCCUCAUUGUCAUCGCUGUCUACCUCAUCCGCUUCUGCUGCUGCCGGGCCCCCGAGCUCCCCGGGUCCAAGAGCCCCUCGCCAGGAGGAGGCUGUGUCACCUGGAGCUGCAUUGCCGCCCUUCUCGUCGGCUGCGCCGGCAUUGGCAUCGGUUUCUAUGGCAACAGCGAGACCAGCGACGGGGUGUCCCAGCUCAGCUCGGCCCUGCUGCACGCCAACCACACGCUCAGCGCCAUUGACCACCUGGUGUUGGAGACAGUGGAGAGGCUGGGUGAGGCGGUGAGGACAGAGCUGACCACCCUGGAGGAGGUGCUUGAGCAGCGGACGGAGCUGGUGGCUGCUGCACGUGGGGCUCGACGGCAGGCGGAGGCUGUGGCCCAGCAGCUGCAGGGGCUGGCCUUCUGGCAGGGAGUGCCCCUGAGCCCCUUGCAGGUGGCCGAAGAUGUGUCCUUUGUGGAGGAGUACAGGUGGCUGGCCUACGUCCUCCUGCUGCUCCUGGAACUUCUGGUGUGCCUCUUCACCCUCCUGGGCCUGGCCAAGCAGAGCAAGUGGCUAGUGAUUGUGAUGACAGUGAUGAGUCUCCUGGUUCUCAUCCUGAGCUGGGGCUCCAUGGGCCUGGAGGCAGCUGCAGCUGUGGCCCUCAGUGACUUCUGCUCCAAUCCGGACACUUACAUCCUGAACUUGACCCAGGAGGAGACCGGGCUCAGCUCAGACAUCCUGAACUAUUAUUUCCUCUGCAACCAGGCCGUCUCCAACCCUUUUCAACAGAGGCUGACUGUGUCCCAGAGAGCUCUGGCCAGCAUUCACUCCCAGCUGCAGGGCCUCGAGCGGGAAGCUGCCCCUCAGUUCCCCUCAGCGCAGAAGCCUCUGUUGUCCUUGGAGGAGACGCUGAAUGUGACAGAAGGAAACUUCCACCAGUUGGUGGCACUGCUGCAUUGCCGUGGCCUGCACAAGGACUAUGGUGCGGCCCUGCGGGGCCUGUGCGAAGACGCCCUGGAAGGCCUGCUCUUCCUGCUGCUCUUCUCCCUGCUGUCCGCGGGGGCCCUGGCCACCGCCCUGUGCAGCCUGCCCCGCGCCUGGGCCCUCUUCCCGCCCAGUGACGACUACGACGACACAGACGAUGACGACCCUUUCAACCCUCAGGAAUCCAAGCGCUUUGUGCAAUGGCAGUCGUCUAUCUGAGCCCCUCCUCCCUGCCAGACUGGAGCCCGUGUCCCCUCCUCGUUCCUUCCCUGGCUGCCAGAGGAGACCCCACUAACGCGGCCUGCCUGGGCUCUGACCACUAACACUCCUAGACGCCAGGGGCGCUUCCUCCUGCAGCGUGUCAGCCCACAGCGUCUCCACAUAUCGCCAACCUGGGCUCCACCCACUAGAUGCCUGCACAGGACAGCCUGCCGCCCUGGCCCCCCGUGUCCCUGGACCCUAUGUCCCCAUCUCUGUCCUUGGCUCUGGCAGUAGCUGGGGGGACAGAUAAGGGACUAGGUCUGGCACGGGAGGUGGCAGACAGACAGCCCCGCACCCCUCAUCCCCAGCAACCAGUCCCAUCCUUGGAGGGACUAAGCUGGGGGUGGGGGAUCCGAGUGCCCCCUGCCACCCUGCCACGUCCCAGUGGGCUCUGGUCCCCUGAUCUCAACUUGUGGCACUAACUUGGAAAGGGGUUGGUUUCAAAUAAAAGGGAAGACUUUAUUUUACAAG